UACACAAAAUUCAAACUUUACACAAACAAACAAAGGAAGCCGCUUCCUUUUUUCUCCCCAUUUUAAUCACUUUCCCAAAUUUCCCUCUCCCCCUGUCUCACUCUCUCUUCUUCUCCAUCACUUCCCCCAAUCUCAAAGCCCUCCCAUCUUUUCCCCUUCCCCUGUUCAUUAAUGGCGUCCCGCUACAACUCCUACGACUCCACCCGCUCUUCCGCUUCUUCAUUCACUUCCUCAGCCGAAUUCAAUCCUUCUUCCAUUACUCCUACCUCCUCAUCCAGAGCUCUGGUCAAAUCCAAGCCCUCCGAUCUCUCCCAGCUGAAAUCCAAUCCCAACAAAUCCAAACCCAAUGGCACUCACAAUCUUACAGCUAUGGUCAAGAAGUUCAUGGAGAAGAAGACCACUUUCGUGUCGUCGUCGAAUAAGAAGAAGGCGAUUGGUGGGUUGGUGAUUCCGGCGGAUUUGAUUGCGGAGGACUUGAAGAAGAAUACGCCGGCGGCGAGGAGAGGAGCUGCUGGGCUUGUGGGCUUGCAGAAGAAGCUGUUUGGGAAAGAGAAGGGUAGUAAUAAGAAGGAAGUGAAGGCUUUGACGGAGGUGAAAGGGAAUGGCUAUGCUGGCAAUACGAGGACGCUAGCUAUGGUUUUGAGGAGCGAGAGGGAGCUUUUAAGUGCUAAUAAGGACAUGGAGGAAGAGAUUGGUCAGCUCAAGUCGAUGCUUGAGACCAGAAACAGAGAGGUGGAUAAGCUGAAGGACUUGUGCUUGAAGCAGAGGGAAGAGAUCAAGUCAUUGAAGAAUGCGGUACUGUUUCCCGACUUGUCAAACUCUCAGCUUCAAGAUCUCCUUGAACAGCAAGGUUCAGAGUUGAAGCAAGCCAAAACACUCAUCCCGAAUCUCCAGAGGCAGGUCACUUCCCUCACAGGCCAGUUGCAAUGUCUUGCUGAGGGUCUAGCUGAGGUGAAGGCUGAGAAAUAUGGGAGGCCUCGCUGGAGCAGCUCGCCCAGGACGCCCACAUUCAAUUGUGAGGGGUCUGCAAAUUCUCUGGACUUCAGCUCUUGUGGCGUUACAACGCCAGGUAGCCCCGAUGAUGAUAUGUUCGUUAAGGAUCUAAACCCUUGUUUGACACCUUAUGUUGCCAAGACCAAUUCCAAGGAAUUCGAUGAGGUGGGCUAUGAUUGCUCAUCUUCUUACGAAGAACAAUUGCCGGAGACCACAAUGCACGUCUCUGAUGAGCCUACUUUCAGUUCCAAUCUCAGGAAGCUGUCGAGAAGCUCUGAUCGCUACAAAAGCCCCAAUGUAGCAGCAGUUGCAGUCAGAGCCGCCAGAAGAUCAGAUGAAAGCAAACCCAGAUAUGGGAAACAACAACUGCACCACAGAGCUUUCUGAUUGUCUUUGUUUUCCUGUGACCAAUCUUCUUCUUUGAUCUUGUUUUGAAACUACCUGGGUGGCUUAAAACAAGAAGGUCCAUAGUCCAUACCCAGUACCUACCAGCUGCUCUUGUUGUACAUGAAUGCUGAAAAGAUUUAUCUUUGCCUACAUAAAUGGAGCAAUAUCAACUAUGAUCUCUAUCAUCUUCUGUUUUGAGGGUUAAGAUAGCAAAGCGCAUGCAAAGAUACAAGCUUUUCGGUGCAGGAUUAUGUCCUGAGACUAUGAAUUGAUAAAUGGAUUCAUAGAAAUAGCAAACACACAGGAAAAAUGGACAAGAAAUUGUUUGAGAAGGCUAUUUCGAUUGUUUCAUUUCACUGUAUCAUCUCAUUAAAUAGGCUAAAGGAUCCGCGCUCCUACAACACACGGCACGGGCU